ACGAUGCAAAUACUGACCUGGUAUUUCCUCUCUGCCCACUGUCCCCACUGCUGCACCAGUGCAAUGCCAAGGCUGCAACAUUAGCAAGAUAGUUUUCCCAUUUUCAUAACCCUUAAGUGGGGAAAGCUGUCGUAUUUUUUUUUACUCUUCUUUCUUUUCUUUUCUUGAGCAAGUCGCAGCGGUUUUUCAGACAUGCCUAACAUCGUGCUUUUUAGCGGGAGCUCCCAUCACGACCUGUCCCAGAAAGUGGCUGAUCGGCUGGGACUGGAGCUGGGGAAAGUGAUAACGAAGAAAUUCAGCAACCAGGAAACAUGUGUGGAAAUCGGGGAAAGCGUGCGUGGCGAGGACGUGUACAUUGUGCAGAGCGGCUGUGGGGAAAUUAACGACAACCUAAUGGAGUUGCUAAUCAUGAUCAACGCCUGCAAGAUUGCCUCCUCGUCCCGUGUCACCGCUGUCAUCCCCUGCUUCCCCUAUGCCCGGCAGGACAAGAAGGACAAGAGUCGAGCACCCAUAUCAGCCAAGCUGGUGGCCAACAUGUUGUCUGUGGCCGGCGCCGACCACAUCAUCACCAUGGACCUCCACGCCUCACAGAUUCAGGGCUUUUUUGACAUCGCUGUAGACAACCUUUAUGCAGAGCCUGCUGUUCUGCAGUGGAUCAGAGAAAAUAUUCCAGAGUGGAAAAACUGUAUCAUCGUGUCUCCAGAUGCCGGUGGAGCAAAACGCGUGACGUCCAUCGCAGACCGUCUGAACGUGGACUUUGCCCUCAUCCACAAAGAGAGGAAGAAGGCUAAUGAAGUGGACCGCAUGGUGCUGGUGGGUGACGUCAAGGACCGCGUGGCCAUUCUGGUCGACGACAUGGCCGACACCUGCGGCACCAUCUGCCACGCUGCAGACAAGCUGAUUGAUGCUGGCGCGAUAAAGGUCUACGCCAUCCUUACGCACGGCAUUUUCUCCGGUCCAGCCAUCUCUCGCAUCAACAGCGCCCCGUUCGAGGCCGUGGUGGUGACCAACACCAUCCCACAGGAAGAGAAGAUGAAGGCCUGCCCGAAAAUACAGGUCAUCGACAUUUCCAUGAUCCUGGCGGAAGCAAUCAGGAGAACCCACAACGGCGAGUCAGUGUCCUACCUCUUCAGCCACGUACCCUUGUAAAAAACGAGAGAGGGCAGCCUCCCCAGCCCCCUCUCUCCCCCCGUUCAGGCCACUCGGCUGGCACUUUUUGCCACAUAUUCUCCAGAACGGCCCGAAAAACAGGGCCUGAUGGUUUUUUGGCCAACCCCAUGUGACUGUUUAAAGGUCAUGCCCACACAUUGUCUUUGACAUUUUCACCCAGGAGACAGACCGAAAUAUCACUUCCUUCUCUGAAGACCAACUUUGUAUUUAUGAGUAUCGCUUUUAUUUUUUCUGUCGAUCUUUUUCCUUAUGUUUUAGUUUCAAUCUUGCCAACCUUGAACACCCGAGGCCUGGCCUUCACUUUAACCAAAGGGUCCAUUAUAUAACAUUAUGUCAUGUCAAUAUGUCAUGUGAUUAGAAAUAUUUUGGCCCUCUCUGCUUCACAAAGUAAUAACAAUAGUUAAUAUGAAAAAUGUGCACACAUCCCCCAUCCCCACCCCCCCAAGUGUUGCUUUAACAGCUGCUAAAAGUAUUAAAAUAAUAUAGCCUAACCCUUAACUAGCUUAAUGCCAUAUUGAUUGUAAUAGUUUAUGCUUACCACUAUCAUCAGGACACAUACAGUAGCUUAAAAGCUGCACCACAAGUGGAAGUGUGUUGACACAAACAUGAGUAAAACACAAUAGAGAACACGCCUUUUUUUCAGGGUUUUUUGGUGAGUCAUGAAUGCAUCUUAUCUCUGCAGCGUCAUUUCUCCCACAAUAAAUUGCCGUCAACCUUCUCCUUUGAUACUUGUAAUCGUGCUAAAAAACUAUAAAAUCUAGUGACAACUGUCCAAACUCUGAUAGGUCUGUUGUUGAUUAAAAGUGUCUAACAUGAGGUGUGGUGGGUGCUUUACCCAUGUUCCAAAAGGUCAUGAAAACAAAUUGAGCCCAAAGCUUAAUUAUAGUGUUAAGAUUUCAACCAUGAUUUGUCUUACAAAUGGUGUAAUUGUCAUCACAGCUGUAAUGGGCCACUUUAGUUUGAAUGAGGCAGGUUUCACUGUUUGCCUGUAGGUGGAUUAAAAAAAGUUGGUGGAAAAGCAUGAUUACAUUUUUUUUUUUUAUAUGUAACACUUCGAGCUGUUUCUUUGACAAUAAAGCUUUGACAAUGGCUUACAA